AUGAGUAGUGCCGGUGGUGUCAAACACGUUGCAAAUGUGCAGAACGACAAAGGGGUACGAUCUGUACAAAGUGGUGUAGCUCAGCCACCGUUAAUUGUCAUCCAGGAGCAACGCUAUCAUCUAAAUCCAUCUAAAUCAAAAUGGAUUACGAUUGGGCGAGCAUAUCAGUGGAGCUUCCAACCUGUACUCAAUAUCAAGGGUUUAAAAACCGAGGGCGUUACGUUAAAUGAAGAAGACUGGUAUGAAGUUGAAUCAAGAAGGCAUUAUAACCAAUUUUUCUUCAUGAUGAUAUUUUCCAUCCGAUCCAAGGUAACUCCUUCUGUAUCAGCUUUGAUAGAUUUCCAGAUUAUCAAACCAUCAAAAUUGAUCGGUGGAGUAAUGUAG